UUAGCCCGAUGUUGCCAGACCUGCUGCUGGCUGUCAUUAACACACGUCCAAGAUCAGUCCGGGAAAGCAAACGCUUCUCAUCGCGGCCGCGCUGCGCCCUCCUGAACGAUUUUAGCAACUGGUCCGCAGAUAUCUGGAGGGGAGGGGAAAUCUGACCUCUUUUUGAAUGGGUGAUGAGUGACAGGAAGCGUAAACUAUUCAAGUUCGCUGGUGGGACGUCGUCUUGGCGAGGGUGCGUGUGGUUGCAGUUACUUCAAAGAUAAAUGUAGAAACCCCAACUACUUGAACGUCUGGCGUUCUGAGCGACCAAGGUGCUAUUGGAAAAGGGAUCGACUUGAGCGGUAAUGAAUGCAAGCGAAAAAGGAGAUUAAAGCCCUGUCCCGGAGUCUUAUAUAGGAUAUAAAUACAGGACGUGGCAAAAGGAAAUUGGGCACGUCUGAACAUGGCCCAUAGAAUUUGGUGCAGAAUAAGGCUAAAGAGAUUUCCUGUGGCUGGUUACUGCUUCUUGCUUGCAUUAUCUGUGAUCACUUUUACAAGCUUCUGUCCUACAUCCUUGAGCAAGUCCAAAGAUUUGAAUUUCCAGCAUUUGCCUAGGGAGAUGCGUCAUAUGAAACCUGCCCUUUCUAAGCAUCUGCAGACAAAUUUCACUAUCCCUUUUGUCCAACAGCAACCACAUUUUAGCCUUGGCAAAUGGACUCAUGCACAGGGAAAGCAACCCCUUUCAAAUCCUAGUCCAGUUUGCAAACAGAAAUGCCUGCUGCACAGACAGAGUGGAUUAAGUGGUAAAGGUUUUAACAAAAGGAGAAAUUUCCCUCUCCGGAUUAAAAACCAUAACACUGCAGCAGAAAAUGACCUUGGCCUUGGCAGAAGACUCCAACAUGAAGAGUAUCCUUCCAGGUCUAAUGGGAAAAAAAGCAGCUUUGAUAUGACUUUGACUCUAAAGGAUGUUGGAAGAGACCUGAGCUUCUCACUGCACCCAAGCAAGAAGGAGGUGAAUUGGAAAUGGCAGAGGCAGUUAGCCCCCUUUCUACUUCCUUUACAAGAUGAAAAGCCUGGAGCCUUUUUAUUUCUUAAGGACACUCCUCUAAGUCAGCUCACUUUAUCACAGGAGCAAUGUAAGCCAGAUGCACAGGCAGCUAGUGCUGCCUGCCAAUCCUCAGAUUUAAUCAAAACACUUAUCUCAAACAAACAAUCCUUCCAGAUCACAACCAACACUCAGGAACAGAGGGAUAAUGCUCAUUUCCAUAAUCUUCAGAGACCUUAUGUUUGGAAUGCAGAUGAAGGGGAGCUGCAAAAAUCAGAACAAUGCAAAAACUUGUGGUACAAUGAUCUUAGUUUGAAAAAGGGGAACAGGCUGAGGUUUGCUGAGGAAAACCUUCCAUGGUUCACUCCAGAUGAUGUGGAAAAAAUGAGGCUUAUGGCCAAUGGUACAGUGGUAAAGAAGGACCGAAUUCCUGGCCACGGGCAAAUAAUUAGAGUUGGUCUGUCAUAUAAUCAAGAUGCCCCUUUUCAAGACUCCCAAAGUUUGUGUUUGAAUGGGCUGUGUGGUUUAAUCAAAAGGUCCACUGAUCUCUAUGAGGUUCUUGCAUUCCACUUGGACAGAAUUUUGGGGCUCCGCCGGAGCUUACCUGUGGUGGCCAGGAGAUUUUGCAGCCACUUACUACCUUACAAGUACACCAAUGGUGCUAUUAGACCCAUUGUAUGGUGGGCACCAGAUAUACAGCACUUGAAUGAUUCAAAUAAUGAUCAGAACUCCUUUACUAUAAGAUGGCUGCAGUACCAGGACUUAUUGCAACAACGGUGUGGCAUGGAAGAUUCCAGAACAUCACUUGGGAAAGCUCCUUGUUUAACUGUCCUACAUUCUGAAUGGGCUAAAUUGGCACUCUUUGAUUUUCUUCUGCAGGUCCAUGAUCGACUGGAUCGAUAUUGCUGUGGUUUUCAGCCAGAUUUCUCUGAGCCUUGUGUUCAGGAGUUGCUCCAUGAGAAGUGCCGAAAUCCUGCAGAGCUGUUUUUGGUCCAUAUUUUGGUGCGGAGAAGCAAGCCUUCUCAUUUAGUGUUUAUUGACAAUGCAGGAAGACCUUUCCACCCUGAAGCAAAACUUAAUUUCAGACUCCUGCAAGGCAUAGAUGGGUUUCCUCGGAAAGCUAUAACAAUACUCCAAUCAGGAUGCCUACAAAACCUGCUUUUGCAAUCCUUGCAUGUAGAUAAAGAAUUCUGGGGAAGUCAAGGGGGAUAUGAAGGUCUGAAGCAUUGGCUUAAUACCAUUGACCGGAGAGGCCAGGCUCUUCUUCAGUACAUUAAAGAACAUAAUUUGACCAUCACUGAAGAUUCCUUGGAUUAGGUUUUGAUGACACAUAUUAUACAUCUAUCUGUUUUAGGAAAGAGCACUGAACUCUGGAAAGACCCAGUGCAUUGGUGAUGGGCAGACAGGCAGGCACUCUGCUAACUGCAGAACCUGUUCUAUGUGAAUUCAGAGAAAUAAAAUGGAUGAAAUAAAAUUUAAAGGGUAGUGUGGCUGGAUAAUCAUAUACCAGAAGCAGAAUGAAAAUGUUAUAAUUGAUAUUAAUACAGUCUCAACUGGAUAUCCUUGUGAGGAAUUUCCAUAAUACAUUUCCAAAUAAAAUGUCCCUCUAUUUUCCCAAUGAAAGUUGGUUUUAUCAUGAUGGCAUUCCAAAGCAAGAUCAACCAGUGAUCUCAGCCAGGAGAAAUUGUUAGAAAGAAGGUAUACAAGGUAUUUUUGUUAACAGAUAAAAAAUUCUGAUUUGACAUGCAUGGUCCAUAGUGCUUUAAUGAUACAGAACUGGUUUUCCUAAUCUAUUGCCCUCCAGGUUUCAGGGUAGAGAUUCUGAAUUGUAAUCCCAACAUGAUCUAGAAUGUAUCCUUUUGAGGGAGAGUAAAUUAGAAGGAAGGGAGGGAAUGGACCAGACAUGAUUAUUUUGUUUCAAAUUGCCUCAAAAUCCAGAAACUCCAUGUUUCUAAUUUCAUAGAGUGGAAAGGAAGUGGCUUAGUUAGAAGGAAUCAGCAAAUUUCAAAAGGAUUCAGUUAUCCUGGUUUGAGCCAGAUAAAAAUGCUGAAUAUUUCUAGAAGAUGUGUUACCUGCCAGUGAUGCUUCUUAAAAAGAAAUGGAUUUGAUUGACUGCAAGGGCUGUAAAAUGGAUCAGCAACAAAAACUCACCAGGUCUUUCCAUAAUCAUGUAUUGUUGAACCUGCUCCAUUUGUAAGCAUGUCCUGGAUUCCAAAAUGUCUCAGCAUCAGGUCAUUUUGUACAGCAGGCUGGCACCUUAAUUGUUUGUCCAUUCCAGCAACUCACAGCUUUGAAAAGCUCCAUCUUAAAAUUAUUUCUGCUUUUCCUCAAUCACAGUUGGUUGUCAUGGAAAUGAUUAAGAUGAUUUGCCAUGGAAGGCAGCCAUCGGCAGCUAAAAAAAACCCUUUAUGAAAUAAAUACCUUAUUUUCAUGUAAAUCAGUUCUGCUUAUGAUUGGGGGAAGGUGAGAAAAGAAAAGCAGACACUGUCUGGGGUACUACUGCAGAAAAUAGCAUAUUGUGAUAUUUUUGGUGUUUUUAUUCUAUUAAAAAUCCCAGGCCACAACUCACUAGGCAAAUGUCAGGUAAAUAAUUUCUCUCCCACUACCCUUCAUAUUCUUUAUCAGACAAGACAAUGAGACACAGACAGUAUUGGUCUGAGAGAAAUAAUCCAGAAUCCAUUUUUGCAUAGGUUUUCUAUUAAAGCCUAUUAAAAUGAAUGGACCAGUUUUCCAAUUUGCCAGAUCUCUUCAUCAUAUUGUACAAAAUCCUUUACAAAAUGAGGUGGGCAAGAUGCAGACAAGUUCAAAAAGUCAGUGCUUAUCUGUAAGCUUAAAAUGAAGACUCAGUAUUAAAAACAGCAAUUACAGUUAGAAUUAAUCUGUCACAAUGAAUAAGCUAAUAUCAAUUUGGUCCCUAGCAUAUGGGACAAAAUAAUUUUGUGCUCUCAGGUUUUGAAAAGCAAGACUCAAAGAAUGCCUUGAGAGAAACAUGCUAAUUCAGAAAUUAAAAGAAAAACAUCUGUCUUCAUUUUAGCUAAGCCUAAUAUUCACUAUAUCAUAUUUUAUUUUUCAUUUUUAUUGUAUGCCUCUUAUCUCAUCUAUAGAUGACUUUGGGUGGCUUACAAAAUUAAAAGCAGAUAAACAUUAAAACAAUAACAAUAAUAAUAAUUUGAAAAUAACAAAACCUGGCAAUGGCUAAGAGCAGGAAAGUUGGGGAAAGAAUCAGACAUGCUAAUGCUACCUGCACAAGACCAAACCUUAAGAACAAAUGCAUACAAAUCCAAAAAUGAGAAGUGCUACCUCUGCAAAGAAGCAGAGGAAACAGUGGAUCACACCCAAAACAACUGGAGUACCACUGGAACAUCAUCAGCAUGACAAAAUCACCACCAAAUUACAAAAGGCAGCUUUACUUGGAACAGCUUAUAUCCUGCAAUGGUACCUUUAAUACUAUCAAUGAUAUCCCAGUUCCUUGGGAAGGACUCAAUACGUGGAUAAAAGUCCAAAUCCAGUUUGAACAUCUGGCUGACUGUGUGAUGAACCAUAAUAAUAAUUUUGCCCAAUGGAAGUUUCCAAAAGCUUAUAUGCUUCCUGAGAGAUUGAGAGAUUCAAUGUUUUUAUUGGUUUAUAGAUUACAGGAGAGAUAUGUUGGAAAAACUCACUGUCAUUUUUAUUUGUUUUACUGCUUGUUCAGGCAUUUCCAAUUUAACGCUUCAAGAGGUUCUUUAAGUUCAAAUGACUUCACGCAAAAGUAAUAAUAAAUUAAUUUCGUACAUUUGUGCUUGCCCCUUCGAUGCUCAUUCAAGUGGCAUUUAAGCUAUGAGAUUUAGAAGGAAAUAUUAGCUCUUCAUUAAAGGGCCCUUUAUGAGUCAAGUCAUAAAGGAGCAUUGGAGAUUAAAGGGUGAUUCAUUAGCUGUUUCCAGCUAUUAACUUAAAUGGAAAAUGUACUAGAAUUUAUCAUCAUGCUAUAUCACAUUACUGAGAGGUAAAUUUCCUAAUUCUCUGUGUGGAUAUUAACAUAAUAUUGUUCUGCCAUGCAGGAGCAUUUCUGAAAAGAUAAAAAAAAUAAAGCAUGGUAAAAAGAGGUGUAAGAAUUAAUAGCAGUUCAUAACUCCCAAUUCCUCAUGUAUGUGAUUCUAGUAAUGCUGUUCCAAUUAAGUGAAGAUCCUCAAACUUGCCAAAGAAAAACAGUUUAAAAAUUGUGGGACAAAAAGCCCAUAUCAACACCCUGGUCAUUAAAUGGCAGAUCCCAAAUUGGCACAUGAUAUAUAUCACAUGAUUGCAGCAUUAAGCUAUCAUGCAGUAAAGAUAAUUUCUGCCUAGUUUCAGUGCUUGGAAUCUAAAAAAUGCACAAUUCUUCCACUGAAUGCAUGAAUUUUGAAAGUGCCAAUGUUGCACCGUGAUAUGCCUACUGCUGUUUAUAUUUU